AUGUCGCAAGAGUUUGUAGAAGAUUAUUCACGUACAGGAUCCUCAGACGACGAGGAUAGUGGAGCAUAUGACGAGUGGAUCCCAUCGUUCUGUUCCAGAUUUGGCCACGAAUACUUCUGCCAAGUUCCCACAGAGUUUAUCGAGGAUGAUUUCAAUAUGACCUCAUUAUCUCAAGAGGUACCUCACUACCGAAAAGCCCUGGAUUUGAUAUUAGAUUUGGAGGCCAUGAGUGAUGAAGAAGAGGAUGAAGACGACGUGGUGGAAGAAGACGAAGUGGACCAAGAGAUGCAAAGUAACGACGGCCACGAUGAAGGCAAAAGGAGAAAUAAGUCGCCAGUGGUGAAUAAGAGCAUUAUCGAGCACGCAGCAGAACAGUUAUACGGAUUGAUCCACGCAAGGUUCAUUCUAACCAAGCCAGGCCUGCAGGCAAUGGCUGAAAAAUUUGACCACAAGGAAUUCGGAACGUGUCCCCGCUACUACUGUAAUGGCAUGCAAUUGCUGCCUUGUGGUCUGAGCGAUACAGUCGGGAAACACACCGUAAGGUUGUACUGUCCCAGUUGUCAGGACUUGUAUCUUCCUCAAUCCUCUAGAUUCCUGUGUCUAGAAGGUGCGUUUUGGGGGACAAGCUUCCCUGGUGUGUUUUUGAAACAUUUCAAAGAAUUGGAAGAGUAUGUGGAAAGGAAAAGUAAAGAAUCAUAUGAGUUGAAAGUUUUUGGAUUCAGGAUAAAUGAUGAGGCAGUAUCUGGCCCUAGAAUGAAGUGGUUGAGGCAAUACCCAUCCACGGAGGAGGACUGGGAAGAAUUUGCCAAAUGCGAGUUCGAGACACCGGCGGUUUAA